UUCAUGCGAGCCGGCUUUGGAGUGAGCCGACAAGUUUUUCAGAAAUGGCUUCAAAUGAGCAAGGGUCAGCCAAUUUCACGCUUUCUCUCUACAUUUCUUUACAAAUUCAACCGUUUCAAAAGAGAGCAAUGUCUGACUGGGAGAACGAGGACUUCGACGAUACCCCUGUGGUGAAGGUGCCCAAGAAGAAGUGGGACGACGAGGAGGAGGACAGCGACAGCAGCGCGCCCGACAACUGGGACAACUCGUCCGACGAGUCCGAGUCCGGAGGACGAAGACAAGUCCAAGCAGACAGCGGUGCCGAGCGCGAGGCCAAGAAGAAGGAGCUGCUGGGCUCUGAUGACAGCGAGGUCGACGAGGAAGACAUUGUCUCGAGGAAGCUGCAGGCGCGUCGCGCCCAGGUCGCAUCCGACUUGCAGAACACCGAGGAUCUGUUCGCAGGCCUGACGGUGAAGGACACCCAGGUGGCCGACGUCCUGAACACUAUCAACCCCAAGACCCAGGCAGAGUUUGACGAGUUCCGGAAGGCUCUGGUGGAGCGCAUCCAGAAGACGCAGUCGCAGCGUCUGUACGUGUCGUUCCUGGAGGGUCUGAUCCGCGAGCUGGCGCUGCCGCUCAAGGACGUCGAGGUGCGCAAGUUCUCGAGCGUGCUGACCACCCUGGCUAACGAGAAGCAGCGGGCGGCGAGGGAUGCCGCCAAGGGCAAGAAGAAGGGCGGCAAGAAGGCUGUGGUCACGGCCCCGCCCAAGGAGCAGCUCGAUAUGAACGACUAUAGCCGGGACUUUGACGAUUUCGAUGACUUUAUGUGAUCUGACUAGUGUAUUCGCAUCUGCCAUGAGGUUUCUCUUUUUAGUAAAGGCACGCUCGGUUGAGGCCCUGAAUCAGUGUGCGGAUGGUGCUGGCUGCUGUUGCAAUCCUGGACGAGUCGUCAGGCGGUGAUGCAAAGUCGCUCAUUGCCAGAGCCGUGGUGCGCAGCUCCAACGACGAGGCGACUACCAUGCUGCUGCUCGUCUUCAGUCAGAAGAUCCAGGAACAGCGUCGACAGCUCGCCAUCAACCACACUUUGUUGCUGCAGAUUGUAGGCUGGCCGUGUCGCUCUGCAGAUAGAUCCCGGUCUAGCCAGCAAAGGGAACGCCGGGUGCGAGUAGUUCAAAGGACAGAAGCGCUUCUUCCAGCAGCUUUACCAGGUCGAACGCCUGCUCACUGACGCGCACAAACGACCACAUUGCCCCGGUUAUCGUGCUGGCU